AUGUCGCCGGGGGUUAUGAUUGCCCGGCAACAGCAGCAGCUUCUGCAGCAGCAACACAAAAUCAACCUCCUGCAGCAACAAAUCCAGCAGGUCCAGGGCCAGCUCCCGCCGCUGAUGAUUCCCGUCUUUCCUCCAGACCAGCGGACUCUGGCGGCGGCUGCAGCCCAGCAGGGCUUCCUAAUGCCCCCUGGCUUCAACUACAAGCCUGGCUGCAGUGACCCCUACCCUCUCCAGCUCAUCCCCACGACGAUGGCCGCCGCCGCCGCCGCCACACCAGGCCUGGGACCCCUCCAGCUCCAGCAGUUGUACGCCGCUCAGCUGGCAGCCAUGCAGGUCUCCCCGGGGGCCAAGCAGCACGGAGGCAGCCUCCCCCCUCAGGCCAACCUGGGCACGCACUCCCCGCCCACCAACACACACCCACAGAGCGACAAGGGCCGCAGCUCCCCGCCACCGAACAAGACCAAGGACAGUGAGGGUGCACAGCCACUGAACCUGUCGGCCAAGCCUAAGGCAUCCGAGAGCAAGUCACCCAACUCCCCCCCAACUUCCCCACAGGUCCCUGCUGCUGCUGCCGCCACCAAGCUGGGCCCCGCCGGCUCCAUGAAGCACAGCGUUGCCCCCUCCAGCAUUGGAGGACCACCGACCAGAGUCAGCUCGAUAGCAGACUUGCUGUCGUCGCUGUCUUCAACAGCCUACCUGAACGACCACGAGGCGGUGACCAAGGCCUUCGCCGAGGCCCGGCAGAUGAAGGAGCAGCUGAAGCGGGAGCAGCAGGUCCUGGACGCCAAGGUGGCCGCCGUCAGCAACCUCAGCCUCAACAACGGCCGCUCGGACAAGGACAAAGCCGCCUUGGAGAGUCUGAGUCAACAGCUGAAGCAGCAGGCGGAGGACAAGUUCAGCCACGCCAUGCUGGACUUCACCAUGAGCGGAGACUCUGAUGGCUCCCCCAGUGUGUCCGACUCCAGAAUAUUCCGCGAGUCUCGGGGUCGGAGCAGCAGCGAGCCGCACAUCAAGCGGCCGAUGAACGCCUUCAUGGUUUGGGCCAAGGACGAGCGGCGGAAGAUCCUCCAGGCCUUCCCCGACAUGCACAACUCCAACAUCAGCAAGAUCCUCGGGUCGCGCUGGAAAGCCAUGACCAACCUGGAGAAGCAGCCGUACUACGAGGAGCAGGCCCGCCUCAGCAAGCAGCACCUGGAGAAGUACCCCGACUACAAGUACAAGCCGCGGCCCAAGCGCACCUGCCUGGUGGACGGCAAGAAGCUGCGCAUCGGCGAGUACAAGGCCAUCAUGAGGUCCCGCAGACAGGAAAUGAGGCAAUACUUCAGUGUGGGCCAGCAGGGCCAGCUGCCCCUGUCCUCCGCCGGCGUGGUUUACCCCGGCGCCCUCUCCAUGGCGGGGAUGCCGUCGCCCCAGAUGCCCUCGGAGCACUCGAGCAUGUCCAGCAGCCCCGAGCCCAACGCCAACCACCACCAGAACCCCCACAUGCCCGGUCUGAAGGGCGACGAGCCACGGAUCAAGGAGGAGGAGCUGCGGUUAGACGACAGCAACGGCGACGUUUACGACGACUUCGACUACGAGGACGAGGAGGCCGACUACGCCAGCGACAACGAGAACCACAUCACCCAAUAGGACGGCGCCCCGACCGGACCCCGCCCUUGAAAGCCAAUCACUGCUGGUUUUGAGAAAAUCACAAAAUCCCACCAAUCAGGAAGGAAACUUUUGCCAAUCACCUUGAGAACCGAUCCCCCCCCCUUUGACGACG